AUGUCUCAGAACAAGAAUGUUUCUUUUGAGCGGAGUGUCCCACAACAACCUCGUCCUUCCAAUGUAUACGUGGGAGUGGGAGGUUCAGACAGCCUCUGCAUAAACCCCAAGCGAGAUCACAAGUCUGAAAACUAUGAAGACCUUCAAUUGGAGUUCAACCCUCUUGUCUUUAGCUCUCUGGAACAGUAUUUGCCUCCCCAUAUGCUCCACCUCUCACGCGAGGUUAAGGUUCAGUACAUGAGGAACAUUUUGCUUCGCUAUUUGCCCGAGAGUGAGCGCAUUCGGAUUCAAAAGCACAAGGAGUACAGGCAAAAGAUCAUGUUGAACUAUCCACCACUGCACAAGGAGAUAUAUAGUAUGGAUGCUGAGAAAUUUUUCACACCAUCAUUUCUCAGAGCGAUUAAAGAAAAUACAGAAGAGAGUUUUAGAAGUAUUAUGGCAGAACCUUGUAAAGGAAUUUAUACAUUUGAAAUGCUUCAACCACGAUUUUGUGAGAUGCUAGUAGCCGAGGUGGAUCAUUUUGAAAGAUGGGUUCAUGCUACCAAAUUCAGAAUCAUGCGACCUAAUAUAAUGAAUCAAUAUGGUGCCGUUCUUGAUGAUUUUGGCCUGGAAGCCAUGCUUGACAGAUUGAUGAAUGAUUUCAUACGUCCUCUGUCUCGAGUUUUCUACUCUGAAAUUGGUGGAUCAUCGCUGGAUUCUCAUCAUGGGUUUGUUGUUGAAUAUGGAAUCAACAGGGAUGUGGAACUUGGCUUCCAUGUGGACGAUUCAGAAGUUUCCUUAAAUAUUUGCUUGGGAGGAGAAUUUUCUGGCGGAGAACUGUUCUUCCGGGGUGUUCGAUGUGAUGAACAUGUAAAUUCAGAUAUCCAACCAGGGGAGAUCUUCGAUUAUUACCAUGUUCCAGGGCAUGCAAUUCUUCAUCCGGGUCGUCAUCGGCAUGGCGCUAGACCUACAACAUCUGGGAAUCGGAUAAACUUAAUUCUCUGGUGUAGAAGUUCGGCUUUUAGAGAGUUGAAGAAAUAUCGGAGAGAUUUUUCUAGCUGGUGUGAAGAAUGCAAACGCAAGAAAAAGGAGAAAGAGCGCCUGUUAGUUAUGGUCACCCAACAGGAAUUAAUGAAGAGGGAAAUGCAAUCGGCCUCCUGA